AUGUCUGAGAUGGCAACAGAAAAAGAAAAAAUUCCUAACCAUAAAAUAGAAUCACACAAGAAUCAAGUAGACCAUUGGUUGAUAUAUUUUAACGUUAUAAUCAAACAUAUUUUCAGAGGGAUUGAUGUUGUCAGAAAUAAAAUAAAGAUGUUUGCUCAGAAGAAAGUUACCUUGUCUCAAGGAAGACAUAAAUUUAUAAUUCUGGAUGAAGCAGAUAGUAUGACAAGUGGAGCACAACAAGCAUUAAGACGGACAAUGGAAAUAUACAGUAAGACAACAAGAUUUGCUUUGGCCUGCAAUCAAUCUGACAAAAUUAUUGAGCCUAUACAAUCAAGAUGUGCUGUUCUGAGAUAUACGAAACUUACAGAUGCACAGAUUCUAAGUCGUUUGAUGGAAGUCAUAGAAAAAGAAAAAGUUGAAUACACAGAUGAUGGUUUAGAAGCAAUUAUAUUCACUUCACAAGGAGAUAUGAGACAGGCUCUCAACAAUCUUCAGUCAACACAUCAAGGGUUUGGUAUUGUCAAUGGAGCUAAUGUAUUUAAAGUUUGUGAUGAACCACACCCACUUCUUAUAAAAAAUAUGCUGGAUUAUUGUAUUGUUGGAAACUUGGAUGAGGCGUACAAGAUUAUUCAUCAUUUUUGGUCAAUGGGAUAUUCAGCAGAAGACAUUAUUACCAACAUAUUCAGAGUUACGAAAACACAUCAAAUGGCUGAGUAUCUGAAGUUGGAAUACAUCAAGGAAAUAGGAUUAUUGCAUAUGAAGAUAAUCGAAGGAGUUAACUCUCUUUUACAAUUGUCUGCGCUUCUUGCUCGCCUAUGUAAAGUUUCGAAAUCUGCAUAACAUCAGUUCAUGUAGACUGAUUUGUACAUGGUUUGGCGAUCGAGGCAAGGAAGAUCAUUACCAAACUCAAGUAUAUGAACUAUUUGAAGAUUUCUGUCAGCAGAUGUUACUGCCGAUAUUGAGGAAAAUCUAGCAAGUCAUGGAUGUGUUGAUUGGUAAAUAAUCUCCCAUCAAGGGCCAACUUUUUCGAUGUUAAAAUGUUUUUGUAAUUUUGACAUUGCAAAAUAUUAUCCUAUUAUUUUUCACUGCUGGUCUUUGAUAUUGUUACAUUCAAUCAUAAUUUAAACCAAUAUGAAAAAAGUUAUUCACUGCA